AUGGUCAAAGAAGAAGAGGAUCUCCUCAAGCGUCCAGUGUACGUCUACGACAUCCCACCAGAGCUCCUCGAAACCCUCACGUUACGGACCGACCAGCCCGCCACCCCAGAGGAAGCCCAACCCACCACAUCCACCACAGCGCCGCAAGAUGCCGACACCACCUCCUCAACCUCCUGCGCCCUCUGCAAGAUCACCAACAAGACCGUCGCCGAGCAGCGCGCCCACGCCCGCUCCGACAUCCACAACUUCAACCUAAAGCGCAAAGUCCGCGGCCAGCCCGCCGUCACCGAAGCCGAGUUCGACGACCUCCUCGAGGGCCUCAACGAGAGCAUCUCCGGCUCCGACAGCAACUCCUCCGAAGACGAAAGCGGCCCCACCGACCAGCUCUCCGCGCUCCUGAAGCGCAACGCCGUCCUCGCCAACCCGGACGACGAGCCCACCACCACCACCGCCGCCGGCUGGAAACAGGGCGCCGGCAAAGCGCCCAUAAUAUGGUUCAACUCGCCGCUCCUCCCCGCAGAGACAUCGCUCGGCGUGUACCGCGCGCUCUUCACCAAGCCCGAGCAGUCGGACGCAUCAUGGCUCGACGCGCUGCGCACAAAACAGCUAUCCGCUCAGCCCAAGGGUAAAGAACCGCACAUCUUCAUGUGCAUGAUCGGCGGCGGGCACUUCGCAGCCAUGGUCGUCUCCCUCGCGCCCAAGGUCGCCAAGACAGGCGGCGAGCGCUCGGCAGCCAUCCUCGCGCACAAGACCUUCCACCGCUACACCACGCGGCGCAAGCAAGGAGGUGCGCAGUCCGCGAGCGACGCCGCCAAGGGCGCUGCGCACUCGGCCGGUAGCUCGCUGCGAAGGUACAACGAGGUUGCGCUGACGGCGGAGAUCCGCGAGCUGCUUGCGGGGUGGAAGGAGUGGCUGGAUACGGCGGACCUUCUGUUUGUGCGCGCGGUGGGCAACUCGAAUAGGCGCACGCUGUUUGGGGAGGGCGCGCCGCUGAAGAGUAAUGACCCGCGCAUCCGCGGCUUCCCGUUCAGUACCCGCCGCGCGACGGAAUCGGAGCUAAUGCGCUGCUUCGUCGAGCUCACGCGCAUGAAGACCUCCACUCUCACCACCACCUCGCUCUCCGCCCUCACCACCUCCACCACCACCACCGCCCCCCCAACAGCCAAGCCAAAACCCACCCCACGCCUCACCCCCGCCGAAGAAACCGCCCACCUCCACAGCAGCCAACUCACCGCUCUCAUCCGGCGCUCCAAAGCCCCCGCGCUCCUCACCUACCUAACCACGCACACCCUCUCACCAAACUACACCUUCACCCCGCCCAACCACCACUCCCCCACCCUCCUGCACCUCGCCGCGUCCUCCUCCUCACCCGCAGUCGUAACAGCGCUCCUCACAAAAGCGCGCGCCGACCCCACGCUCACAACCCCCGCGCAGCCGCGCCCCGCCUUCGAGCUCGCCGGCGACCGCGCCACGCGCGACGCAUUCCGCGUCGCGCGGCACGACCUCGGCGAGGCCGCCUGGGACUGGGAGGCCGCGGGGGUGCCUGCCGCGCUGUCGAAGUCCGAAGCGGGGGAGCGGGAGCGGCGCGAGAAGGAGGGCGGGGAGGCGGAGGAGCGUGUGCGGCGGGAGCGGGAGGUAGCGAGGCUGGCGGAGGAGGCGGAGCGGCGGGCGGCGGAGAGUAGAAGGUUGCCGGGGAGGGGGGGGAGGAAUCUCGGUGGGACGGUGCAGAUGGGGAUGGGGAGGAGGGAGGAGCAGGAGGCGGGGCUGACGAAGGAGGGGAGGAUGAGGUUGGAGAGGGAGAGGAGGGCGAGGGCUGCGGAGGAGCGGAUUAGGAGGUUGGCGGGGUCGGGAUAG